UGCCACUACCUCAAGCUAGCUUGGGAUGAUUUCUGUCACAGUGAAAUCAUUAAAUAUAUAAUGACAUCCAAAUUAGGAAUUCUUAUUUCUAAAUUGGUUUUCGAUGUUAUUAUUUUUAAAAGAACCUGUGCAUUAUGUUACGCCUUUUAAACUUCUCAUAACAAGUCUAACUACCGUACUUUAACGAAAUAAAGGUAAAGAGAAUGGCUCGGCCAAAGCAUAGAGUUAACACGGAUAUAUGCGCUGAUUGCGGAGCACUCGAACCAGGAUGGGCUUCAUUGAACAGAGCAAUUUUAUUAUGUGAUGACUGUUGUGGUGUACAUCGUAGCCUUGGUCGUCAUAUAUCUCAAAUAAAAUCACUUCAUAAGAGCAUUUGGCAUGCAAACCUUCUUAAUAUGGUACAUACAUUGAAUGAUAAUGGAGCAAACAGUAUUUGGGAACAUUCCCUUUUAGAUCCUAGUAAUUCGAAAAUUAGUAGAAGAAAGCCUCAAGCUAAGGAUCCACUACACCCAACAAAAGCUGAUUUUAUUAAAUCAAAACAUCAACAUUUAGCAUUCAUAUUACGUCCAAGUAAAGAAGAAUGUUGUAGUGAAGAAGAAUUAAGUAGACAGUUGCAUAGUAGUGUUCGUACGAGUAAUUUAGAAACUUCUUUAAGAUUACUUGCACAAGGUGCUAAUCCAAGUUAUUUUUACAAGGAAAAGGGUACAACACCUUUACAUGUAGCUGCUAGAGCUGGUCAAGCUUUGCAAUUAGAGCUUUUAAUAGCUAAUGGUGGUAAUCCUAGCAUAAUUGAUUCAAAUGGGCAGACACCUGCUGAAAUUGCCAAAAUGGCAGGACAUAUGGACUUAUCUGACCGCCUAAUUGAAUGCAUGUAUGAAUUAACAGAUAGACUAACAUCCUUUAUAUGUUCACGUAAACCAAACCAUAGACUGGAUGAGCAUAUAAUUAUACCUGAAUGUACAUUAUUAUUGGAACAAAGUGAUCUGUGUUUAGAAGGAAGGAAUAAGUUACAAAUGUUAUCGAAUCAUUUGUUGGAAGAAUUGGCAAUGGAUGUUUAUGAUGAAGUAGAUCGUCGAGAAAAUGAAGAAAUUUGGUUUGCAUCUGCAUCCUUACCAGAAAAAUGUACAGUGCCUUUCCUACCAGUGAACCCACAGCUAUCAUCAACAAGAAAUCAAGGUAGACAAAAACUAGCAAGAUUUACACCAAAGGAGUUUGCUACACUUAUUAUAGAUUUUCUCAUUGAGGCUCGCAGAAGACAUAUGCUUGCAAAUAAUGCACCAUUACAAGUAUUUCUAGAUCCAGCUAUUUCUAUACUUCGUAAAGAACAACAUGGAAAGUAUGGAUCACAAAUGUCUGAUGAUGAACCAUUGUAUGAUAGUGUUGCUUCUGAUGAUGAUUAUGCAUUGACAUCAUCUGACAAUGCAGUGCCUGAAUAUUCCGCACAGUUUAAAAUGGAUAACGAGGAAGCUUUUGCACCAUUAGCUAAGGGACUUCCAUCUGUCGUUGAAGUUUUAAAAAAACAAUUAACUCUCUCCGAAUCUACUAUCAAGGAUCUCCGUGAGCAGAUUCGUACUCUGCAGAGUACUGUAGAACAACUGACACAUGAAAAUAAUGAACUGAAGCAAAUGAUUCAUGUAAAAGAAUCUACUGAUGGAGUUAUUAAUGGUCAUGUUAGUGGAGAACAAGAGCCAGAACUAGAACCAGUGCUUGAUAUAAAAACAUCUCUUAAUAGGAGCAAUCAACGUCCUGCGUCUAUGUAUGAAACACGAGAAGGUUUGCGAAAACCAAAUUCGUGGUCAACGUCUAUUUGUCAGGCAAAACGAGAUUCAGAGACAAUAUCUCGCAAUAACACACAAAGUUUAUGGGAAUGCGAUGCUCCUAACCUUCCCCCUAGCGAGGAAGUUACUCGAAGAACUGAACAAGUUACAAGAAGAAUUCAGGAACUGUGGAUGGCCAUGCAAGAUCCAAAACAACGAGAAGCUUUUGUACCUUGUGCAGAAAGAAUUCGUGUUGCUGUUGCUGAACUCACAGCUAUAUUUCCCCAAAAUCCUAUUGAGGAAAACAUCAGAUCUGCUCUGCGACAAUUAAAUGGUAAUACAGGUAGACUUCAAGCAGAAUGUUCUGGUCUUCAGAGAUGUACUAGUGAUAUAGAACAUAUGGACAGAUGCCUUCAGCAAGUACGUUCAUGUGCUUAUGAUAUUGCCAAAGCAACAAAGCUUCUUGUUACCCAAUUUUAAACGUAACAGAUCAAAGGCAAAGUAUUACAAAUUAAAUAAUUCUUUCAUAUUUGAUGUAUAUAAAUUGUACAGACGCUUAAUAUCCUAAUACUCAAAAUCAUCACAGAUUAAUACAUUGAAUAAGUAUUCGUCUUAUAUUACAUAACAAUAAUUUGUUGUCUAAUAUUCUUAUUUUUAUUGUAAUGUAAAUAAGAAGCAAAUUUUAACACAUGAAUAUUCUUAUAGUUUGUUAAAUCGUAUAAAACAUGACACGUUUCAAGAUUCGAUAUAAUAUUUACGUAACUUUUAACGUAUGAUAAAGACUGAAUAGCCAUGAACCAAUGAAUUUUAUUAAUAUGCAAUUUUAGUUUCUAUACUUGGUUUUACAAACAUACUUUUUGCUCAUAUAAGCUGGCAUAUAAGAAACAAUUAUAAAUGUGAAAAAAUUUAUUGCAUUUGUGUGAGUAAAAAAAGUAUUAAGUGCAAUACCAAAAGAUUUAAAGUAUCUUAAAGUUAUUAUUAAAACCAGGUAAAAAUUUUAUGCAUUUUUAGUGCCAAUAAAAAAAUUUAUUUUGCGAUAUCACUAAAUAAUUAUUUACCAUAAAAAUGUAUAAUUAAAAGAUUAAUUAAUAAAAAUGUGUUUUUAUCGAUAACUUAUAAGUGAUGAAAUAUUUAUAAAGAAUCCAUUUUGUACGUUUAAAUAUUAUAUUCUAUUAUAUAUGUUGGAGAUGGAAGGACAGCGGGAUUUCCCGUCCGGAAUGUUGGGAAAAACCCCGAUACCCUAGUCCAGACUUUUACUAUAGCUGCACUUAAGUAAUAAAAAUAAGGAAUAGUUUUAAUGUUCCAAUCUGACUUUAUGACGACGGGUUCGGGCUCGAAGUGACAUGGCAGGUCACCGGACGUAGCCACGGUCACGGGAGGGAGAUGUAUGAAAUGAUUAUAUGGCUCUUCUUAAAACAAAGAUUAACCCGAAAAGUGGGGACAGGAGUAUAUAAGGGCAGUUUCUUUUGGAUGAAGAGAGUUAGUUUGUUAGUUAGUCAUUGGACGAAUUACUGGUUGAGUUACCCGGAUCGAGUAGUACGUUGAUACUUUCCCUCCCGUGAACCGUGACUACGUCUAGUGACCCGCUAUGUCACUUCGAGCCCGAACCCAUCGUCAUAAAGUCAGAUUGGAACAUUAAAACUAUUCCUUAUUUUUAUUACUUAAGUGCAGCUAUAGUAAAAGUCUGGACUAGGGUAUCGGGGUUUUUCCCAACAUUCCGGACGGGAAAUCCCGCUGUCCUUCCAUCUCCGACAUAUAUAUAAAAAACCAGCUUAUAUUAAAGCAUUACAAAUAAGUGAGAAUUUUGUCGCCAGUAAAAGAAGAAAUGUUUUACUAUUAUUAUUAUUAUUAUUAUUAUUAUUAUUAUAUUAAUGUGAUCAAUACAUAUGUAACAAUGAAAGUUUAUAUUGAUAAUGCAUUAAUUAUUUUACUUCAGGUAUUUUCAUCAAGAAUUGCUCUUACUGUAUUAUUGGUAUUAAGAAUAUAUGUUUAAUAGUUAAAUAAAAUUUAAAUAUAUUAUCGUUGAUGCAAA